AUGUAUAUGUGUCUUGCACCUUUAGCCAAAGGGUUUUUAUCAGGCUACAACCCAUUGAUUGGGCUUGAUGGCACUCAUCUCAAGGCUCUAUACCCAGGACAGAUCCUAGUAGCAGUUGGUAAGGAUGGUAAUAACAACAUUUACCCUAUUGUCUGGGCUGUAGUUGAGAUUAAGAACAAAGAAACAUGGAUUUUCUUUCUUGAGAGGCUGAUGGAUACACUUAAAGAUGAAGAGGGAGGGCUUGGCUAUACUUUUAUGUCUGACAGACAAAAGACACUAGGUACUGUGUCAGGCAUUUAUGGGCUAACUUUAAGCUGCAAUUCAGUGGCUCUACAUUUAAGGAGUUAUUUUGUUGCCAUGGAGUCAAUUAAGUUCCUAUCUGAAGAGGCCUAUGAGUACCUUGCUGACAUCCCUCCAAAACACUGGUCUAGGCAUGUCUUUAGCUCAUUCCCAAAGUCAAACAUGCUUCUGAACAAUGUUUGUGAGACCUUUAAUGCUGUUAUAAAAGAAGCUAUGGAUAAGCCUACUUUGACCCAAAUGGAGUGGCUUAGGAGGUAUAUGAUGAAAAGGAACCAUGACAAGUGGGAGUAUUAUCAUAAAAUGGAAGGCAAAGUAACUCCUUAUGUGAAGAAAACAUUUAAAAGAAUUGAUCAUGUUGCAAGGAAUUGCAUUGUGCAAGUGUCUAGGGAUGAUGCAUAUGAGGUUGAGCUGAACUCUGAUCUAGUCAUAGUUGACCUUAGCAAAGACCCUGAAGACUAUGUGGACACUACAUACUCUGUGGACACCUAUAUGUUGGCUUAUCGGUUUGAAGUACAACCAAUGCCUGACCCACACCCUUGGGACAAGGUGAAGCUCAGAGCACCUAUGCCACCAGCCAUCAAAAUCCAACCUGGAAGACCUAAAUCUAAGAAAAGAAAGCUGGAACAGGGAGAAGAGGGUUCCCAAAACCAACAUGUGCAGCAGCCUAUGAAGAGAAGAAGUACUUGCAGCAACUGUGGGCAGCAAGGUCACUAUGAAAAAACUUGCAAGAACCUUAUAGUUACUCCAAUUGCAGUCUCUUCACCAAAGAAAGAAGGAGGCAAACCCCAAUUUGAUAGUGAGUGGGUGAAAGAGAAGAGAAAGAAGAAAGAACAGAGAGCAUUGCAAAAGCAAAGUGCACUUGGUGCUACUGCUGGACCUAAGAGCAUUGGGAACAAGAAAUUCCCACAACAGCAGUAG